AGGGAAUGUGACUCAGGCCUUCAACUGAAGGGCUGUCAUCUGCAAACCCUGAAGACUGGAUGUGGCCGUGGUUUUAUCACUGGCCACCAGCUGCCUCUAGAGCUCUUGCCUCCUCCCCAAUGAUUCAGCAAAUCUUCUUCGAGAAGAAAAACAAGCACACAAUUGAACAAAUCACAAUGUCAGAUUACAAAGAUGAGGGGGGAAAAAACUGCGGCUUAAAGGAGGGAGAUAAAAGCUGGUGAAGUCGCACGAUCCAAGGACUGAAAGGCCUGGCAAAGACUUGUUUUUUGGAUGGGGGCAAUAAUAAUGUGAAAAAUAGGGUUGUCAUUUGGAUUCCUUACACUGUGAAACACUGCUAACAAUAAAAGAGAACACAAUGUGGAAGGAAAUGAAGCAUAUUCUGCCCUCUGCUAUCUGGGCAUUGCACAGGGCUGAUAUGGAUUUUUACUGGUGUAGCUGAAAGCUGAAUAGUCCAUUCUGGCUUACACUGGAACAAAGUUCCACUAAGCAAACUAUUUUCAGAAGGAGUUUCUGCUCUCCAUAACCAAGAUUUUCAACAGUUUGGAAGCCCAUUAUCAGGCACUUUGAACAUCACUGUUCCUGAAAAAGAAGUUCUGUAAGUCAUUUUGUAUCUAAGGCAUGGCAGAGGGCAGUUAAGAAAUAAUGUUUUAACUUCUGACAGUUUUGGCCACUGUAUCAUAUUUAUCUAUUAUAGCCCUUUUCCAUAAAGAUUUUGUUUCCUGCUGUAACAGCUCCUGAGGUGGAACACAGUAUCAGCUUAACAGCUCAUGGUACACAGUCUAUAGAAUAGAAAGUAAAGAAGAAACUUCAGUCAGACCUUAGCUAGGAGAUGUAAUAUUUCCCCUAAUGGCAUUUAGCCCUGACGCUCCAGUUAGAGCCCAGUCUUCCAAGAAUGUUUGCAAUUUAUGGAGGGCUCAUGUCAUGUUUGUGGAAUCUCUCAGCCCAGUGGGUCCUCCAAUACUUGUGAGACAGAGAUGCGACCUUCCCCUAGAUUAAAUGCAACACAAAAAAUAAGCACAGAAGGAAGAGGAGCUCGAGAACUGUGUGUAUGGGUGUUGUGGAUGGAUAAACUGAAGCUGACUUACUUUGGUCUCAUAUUGCUUUUACACUCUUGCUGAUUUACCUCACUAACCAGCACAGAGCCCAAUGUUUUAACACUAAAGUACAACUAAGCAGGACUGACUUACCUUGCUAUGGGUUUGUAUAUUCUCUGUGAAUAUUUAUGUAUUCACCUCACCAACAACUUCCAGCUCACAAAACCUCCUUGCCCCCUCUCCAAGGGCUCCCGGAGGGAACAGGGUUUUGGUGUACGUACUUACAGUGCCUGCUGCUCUUCCCGAGGAAACACAAAGGAAGCAACCCCAGCACAAGCCAGAGAACCACCUCUCAAGCUCACCCAAGGAGUUAAUGCUAUGGAGGGAUACAACAAUCCCCAGGUCUCUGGUGAGAACCUGAUUGGCCUCAGCAGGGCCCGUCGCCCACACAACGCUAUCUUUGUGAACUUUGAUGAUGAAGAAAUCCCAGCUAAACCCCUGGAUGCUGCUGUACAGACCUGGAAGAAAGUGUGCACCAAUCCUGUGGAUAAAAAGGUGGAGGAAGAGCUGAGAAAGCUCUUUGAAGUCCGUCCUGUCUGGUCUCGGAAUGCAGUAAAAGCCAAUAUCAGUGUCCACCCAGACAAGCUGAAACUUCUGUUGCCGUAUUUGGCCUAUUACAUGUUAACAGGUCCUUGGAGAAGCUUAUGGGUUAGGUUUGGGUAUGACCCCAGAAAACACCCUGAAGCAAAGAUUUAUCAAGUACUGGACUUCCGAAUUCGCUGUGGAAUGAAAUAUGGUUACGCCCCUAAUGAUAUGCCCGUGAAAGCAAAACGCAGCACGUAUAACUACAGUCUGCCCAUCACUGUCAAGAAGCAAGUAAGUCACACAGUCAGCGUACAUGAUCUGAAACAGGGGCUUGGUACGUCCGGUGCAUCCGGUGCAAAAAAGCCUGCCUCCAGCAGGUAUAAACUGAAGGAAUCCAUCUACAUUUUCCGAGAAGGAGCCUUACCCCCUUAUCGGCAGAUGUUCUACCAGCUCUGUGACUUGAAUGUGGAAAGCCUACAGAAAAUCAUCCGUCGGAAUGACGGCACAGAGUCAGAAUGCACAGAGCGGGAUGGGUGGUGCCUUCCAAAGACUAGUGAUGAGCUGCGAGAUACCAUGUCAUUGAUGAUAAAGCAGAUAAUCAGAUCCACAAGACCUGCUCUUUUCUCAAAUACAACAAGCAGCGCAGACGGCAAAGAGCAGCUGGCAUAUGAGUCUGGAGAGGAUGAGGAUGAUGAAGAGGAGGAGGAAGAGGACUUCAAGCCUUCUGAUGGGAGUGAAAAUGAAAUGGAGACAGAAAUUCUGGACUAUGUGUGAACUCAGGGAGCAGUCUGGCUGCUGUUGGGACAGAAUUGUCUCUGCUCUUGUUCCUUGAGAACUGAGGGUUCAGCCACCAUGCGCAGGAUGUGGGAACGCAGAACUUGCCCUAAGAUGACGACGAUCUCUCUGCACUGACUGCUGUGCCUGCUGAUGGCCAUCAUUCCUGAUGUUAGGGAGCCAUUGCCUACAUUUUCAUAAUUGCUGGCUAAUAAGCCCUCAAGCAAGCUCAACAAACUCCCAAGAAAGAGCCCAGAAUCCAAACCAGCUGGUAAUACACCCGAAAAGAGAAGAAGUUGCAUUCCUAAAUCUCUCCAUGUGUGGGAAGUAUGCCUUGGCCGAGUUGGUGACCAUGUGGAAAAUAGAAAAGGUGCCUGAGGAGGUGCUGGGGGAAGCACUCGAGUGCUACUGGAGUCCCUAAGGCAGGUGCUGCCCUUCUGCUUGUCUAAGGGGAAUGAAAAUACUGUGCCGUGACUUCAGCAUCGAGCCUCGCUGGCAAUCUUGGAAAUAAAGCCGGCAGGAAAACACACUUUCUGGCAGGGAAUAAUUCCCUUCUGCGGGAGGUAGUGUAUGUUGUCCUCACUAGCUGAUGCACUUCUCAAUUCUGUUUUGACUUCUCCAGUAGUUAGCAAGGACCAAAGGAAGCAGGCAAUGGGGCAGAGCUUCAGGGCCACAGAGGUUGGCCACUCAUUAGUCUGCCAUUGCCGGCUGGAUUGUUACCAUCCCAUCAGAGAAAUUAAAGAUCUGCUGGCAUUUUCUGAGUCUUGUGGAUUCCCCAGUGUGUUAUGAGUGCAAGGUUUCUCGUUAGUGGCCGAUAAUAUAAUGCACGGUUUAAUAUGAUUUCAGCCUCCUGCACUUGUGUGAGGCUUCUUGAGGCUUCAGCAUUUUUUUACGUUCUCUGGAGUUUUGUUAGACUGAGAUAUUUCCUUAGGUUUGGUCUCUAGCCCACAAAAGCAACAUCUGCAGGGCUGUCGUUAGUGACACAUAGCUGUGCUCCUGGAUACGUACGUAUGUUAUUUGUGUAUAUACACAGAAGCUGCAUUUGAGGACUGGCUCCUCAGAUGUGCACACACCAUGACACCAUGGCUUGCUGGGAGAUCCUGUGCUUUGCCUUGUGCUCCUACCUUGGGGUAGCAUGGGCUGCAACAGUAAGUACAAAGGUAUUUCUUAUAGCUUUUAAGACUUUAUAAGGGGGCUGUGCAUCGAUCGGUCUGUCUGGGGCACCUCCAGCCAGGGUAAGGCGUAGGUCCUGGCAACGUGGGAACCCAGAGGCAUGAGGGGCUCUGCAACGGACUUACCGUUGCAAUGCAACAGGGCACUAAGAAAAAAGGAGAGAUGCAGUGGACAUACCACUGCUGGGUAAGAAUAUGUGCUCAGGUAUUAGCAGGCACCAAGAAUAAACACUCUUAGAAAUGCUAGGGAAAACACCCGAAACCAAGCUUUCUAUCAUAGGAGGCCCAAGGCCAAAGCAGCCAGAAAGCCCUUGUGCCAGAGUUCAUUUAUUUCCCAGCCAUUUUCAAAAUUCCUCUGUCUGGGAAGACUGCAGUGGUUUGGAUGUUUAAUUCUGCCUGAGCAGGUAACGGCAUUACCAGCCCUGUCUGUACAAUACGAUCCUUUUGUUUCCAAAAGCUCAGGCUUUAAACUGAUCUACGUAGCCAAAGGCACAGGGAAAUUCUGGAUAGCGCAGCUGCAUCUUUAAUAUCCACACUCAGAAUCACCACACCAGCCAAGUAAUCUCCACUGAUGUCUGUGCAAUUAUAAAACAGAAAAUAAAUAUGCUGGCCACGCUAGGAAGUGAGCCCUUGAGCACCAAAGGAACGAUGCCUCAAACCAAGGCAGACCACUGUCUCCACACCAUAAGGACCAACCAUUGCAUUUACUCUUAAAGCCAUUGCUUAUAUCAAAAGGAGUAAAACCAGUAAAUUGGACGUCACAUUUAUGCAACCGGAAAAAUGCGACAGUCCCAACAACUCGCAGGUUCAAAUGAACAGGGUUCAUUUGAAAAUCGGGCACUGGUCCCUCAAACAAAAAGCCUGUAGCUUAACAAAGCUCAACUCAGCAGAGUUAUCGUAAGGUAUGAACAACAGGC